UCUUCAACAAAGCCAGCGAGCUAGACUUGGGGGCGUGAGUCAGGUAACUUCGUGCUUGUACAGUUAUAAACUGUUAAAUAGGGCAUAAAAGACUGAAAUAACUGCCAGCCAUAAUGAAGCCGGAGAACCAUUACGAAACUGUAGAACUGACGGAGGAACCGAUAGCGUCUCCAAAGCCGUUUCCAGAAGUAAAACAGAGGAGGAAGGUGGACCGUAUAAUACUGGCUGUUGUUGUGGUGGCAAUUAUCGUGAUAGUGGCCGUGAUAGUACCAGUGACUUUGAACAUGAAGAAGUCGCCUGAGUCCCCCGCCUCCUCGUCACCGCCCGACACGAGCCCCGUGCGAGCUCCUACCCAGGCGGACUAUCUUAGGGUGGACUGCUCCCCAGAUCCCAAGGAGGUCCUCACCAAGGAGCAGUGCCAGAACCGAGGCUGCCUACACGACCCCACGAACAACGCUGAUAUUCCUGUCUGUUAUUUUCCACCUUCUAGUAAGAAUGGAGAAGGCGGGUAUAGAGUUAGCAACAAGGAGGAUACGAAGCUUGGACGGCGAAUAACGCUGGAACUGAAGAACCCUGCAAGGCCGCCUUAUAAAGACGCGGUGGCUACAGUGGAGUUGGUUGUUGAGGAGAGAGGUGAUAAUUUCCUACGCUUUAAGUUUCACGACCCAAAUGAUCAACGCUAUGAAGUCCCCGUUCCUUUGGACCGUGGCCCAGACCACAUCCGUGCUAGUCAACCCCGCUACAAGUUCGUCAUUACCGCUGAGGACCCGUUCAGCUUCCAGAUUUUAAGACGGGGAACAGACACGGUCCUCUGGGACACUAGCGUGGGCGGUUUCACGUUCGCUGAUCAGUUUCUCCAGAUAGCCACCAAGUUACCCUCAAUGAAUAUCUACGGCUUCGGUGAAAAUCCUCACAAAUCUUUCCGACACGACCUGAACUUCAAGACGUGGCCAAUGUUUUCACGGGACCAGCCGCCGAGUUUUAAUGACUACGGGAACUUGUAUGGGGUACAUCCCUUUUACACGUGUUUAGAAAACGACGGGAAUUCCCAUGGGGUACUGCUGCUAAAUAGUAACGCUAUGGACUAUAGUUUCACCUCUGCUCCAAUGCUUACGUACAGAACUAUUGGAGGCAUACUAGACUUCUACAUGUUCUUCGGACCUUCCCCAGAAAAUGUGAUACAGCAAUACACAGAGGUGAUCGGCAGACCAUACAUGCCGCCAUAUUGGAGCCUGGGGUUCCAGCUGUGUCAGUAUGGUUAUAAGAAUUUAACUAAUCUCCAAGCAGCUGUUAACAGGACACGAGAAUAUAAUAUUCCGCAGGACGUCCAGUAUGCUGAUAUUGACCACAUGGACGAGAGGAAGGACUUCACAGUGGACCCGGUCAAUUUCGGUGGACUCCAGGCCUACUUCACGCACCUGCAAGACAACGGCAUGCACAUCAUUAUAAUUUUGGUAUCUUUUCCCCAUAUAUCACUUGAACAUGAAAAGUACCUUUUUAGCACCCUCUACCAGGACUCUGAUCCUGCGUUAAUCACAAACAACACGAACUACGAGCCCUAUGAUCUGGGCCUCCAGGAAGACUUGUACAUCAAGUGGCCGAAUGAGAGCGUGAUUCCUGACACAGAUAAACCUGAUAUCAGCGGCACACGGAAUAUGCAUGGAUGGGUGUGGCCAUCAGGGAAAGCAGUGUUUCCAGAUUUUUUCCUGAACAGGACGGCCGAUUUUUGGAGAAAUCUCACUGUAAAACACGUCAAAACCCUAACAUUUGACGGGUUAUGGAUUGAUAUGAACGAACCUGCUAAUUUCGGCACCAACCUAGAGAAGAUCUGGAACUGGCCAGAGGGUAUGGCCUCCUACUGGUCAUUGAAAUGCCCUGAGAACAGUUACGAUGACCCGCCGUACAGAACCAAGGCUGCAUAUACCUAUGAUAGCGAAAGUAGGGAAGCCAGAUUGUCUGAUAACACACUCUGUAUGAUUGCUGAGCAAGAAGAUGGUCAACAACUCCACUAUAAUGUUCACAGUUUGUAUGGAUGGAGCCAAACGGAACCUACGCUCAAUGCUCUGAGGGCAGCCGUGCCUGGCAAGCGUGGUAUGGUCAUCAGUAGAUCUACGUACCCGGGCAGUGGCAGACACGCUGGACAUUGGCUUGGAGACAACGACAGCAGGUGGCCCCACCUACACGAGUCUAUCAUAGGAAUGCUGGAGUUCAACUUGUUUGGUAUCCCAUACAUCGGUGCUGACAUCUGUGGGUUCUGGGGAGAAACUACAGCGGAGAUGUGCAAGCGGUGGAUGGAGCUGGGGGCUUUCUAUCCUUUCUCAAGAAACCACAAUGGAAUCGAUAAUAUGCCACAAGACCCGGGGUAUUUUGGCGAGGAGGUCGCAGUACCUUCACGUGAAGCGUUGUUGAUACGUUAUCGUCUUCUUCCGUACCUGUACACGCUGUUCCAUAUCGCACACACACGCGGCAACACGGUCAUUAGACCUCUCAUGCACGAGUUUCCCACAGACAACAGGACGUGGGGUAUAGACAGACAGUUUUUAUGGGGGCCUGCGUUUAUGAUCGUCCCGGUGCUGGAACAGGGGGUUACGAGUCUUGCCUUUUAUCUCCCCAAGGCCAGGUGGUAUGAUUAUCACACGGGAGCCAUGGUGACCAACAAUGAAGCCAAGGACAUGUCGUUACCAAUUAAACCGGAUUCCCCGAUCCAUUUGUACGUCCGGGGAGGUUUUGUUAUUCCGGGCCAGGAACCGGAUCUAAACACUGUAGCGAGCCGCCAGAGGCCGUUCUCACUGUUGGUGGCCCUAGAUGACCAAGAAACGGCCAUGGGAGAGCUCUUCUGGGACGACGGCGACUCUAUCGAUACCUAUGAAAGUGGAGAUUACUUUCUAGCCAAGUUCAAGGCGAACCAGAUGCAAGUGGAGAUGGAAAUUCAACACAACAACGACAUGAUGUCCAAUCUUACUAUGGGCAGUAUUACUGUACUGGGGGUCAAGGAGAGACCGCUGGCCGCUUACGUCAAUGGAAAACUACACUUCUUUGAUUACGAUAGCGAGAAUAGGGUCCUCAAAAUAGAUGGACUUGCUCCUUACCUAAAAAUGAAUGAAUCUUUUAUCGUAGAAUGGAGUGCGACGCCGAAAGCUACAGAGGAAGAAAAAGAGCGAUUGGACUGUUUUCCAGAAAGCGCUGACCACAGACACAUAACGGAGCAGGAAUGUCUAAAGCGAAGAUGUCUGUGGAAAUUGUCCCUCGCCCCCGGAGUUCCAUACUGCUAUUUACCAAAAGAUACCGUUGGUUACACACUGAAAUCAGUCACCGAUACUGCUAAUGGGAAGGUUGUUACUCUACAGUGGCUGGGGCAGGUGAAAAUGUUCGACAAUCCUGUGAGAGAACUAAACCUCAAAAUAGAAGAAUUGAAUGACCACACUCUACACUUCAAGUUCCAUGACCCUAACAACGACCGAUACGAAGUUCCUGUUCCUUUAGAAAACGUCGAAGGGGGAAAUUCGAACACUCGUCUCUACGAAUACGAAACUAAGAACGAUACCAAUGGUAUUUUCUACUUACGUGUUUGGAGGAAGAGUACAAAUAUAACACUAUGGGACUCACGCAUCGGCGGUUUCGUGUUUGAAGACCGUUACAUACAGAUAAGCACUCGUUUACCCAGUCAGAACGUGUAUGGGUUCGGAGAAAAUAAGCACCACAGUUUUCGGCACGAUAUGAACUUCAACACCUGGCCCAUGUUUUCGAGAGAUCAACCGCCUCCUUUUGGAGAGCGAGGGAAUCUGUACGGCGUCCAUCCGUUUUACACGUGCUUGGAGGAUAACAACGGAAACAUGCACGGCGUCUUUCUGUUAAACAGCAAUGCCAUGGAAUACAAGUUUCUACCAGCUCCUGGCUUGACGUACAGAACGAUAGGGGGCGUUCUGGACUUCUACGUGUUUCUUGGACCUGAACCAGAAGAUGUUGUCAAACAAUAUGAAGGAUUGAUAGGUAAGCCCCACCUGCCACCAUAUUGGUCCUUGGGCUUCCAGUUGUGUCGCUAUGGUUACAACUCGUUGAGGGAGUUGAAGGCGGCAGUGGAUAGGACAGUAAAUGCGUCCAUUCCAUAUGACAUCCAGUACGCUGAUAUUGACCACAUGGACGGUCAGAUGGACUUCACAGUGGACCAGGUCAAUUUCAAAGGUCUGGAAGAUUACAUCCGGGACCUACAGAGCCAAGGAAUGCGUUUCAUCAUUAUUUUGGACCCCGCCUUAAUCACCAAUGUAUCUGGUUACAGACCAUACGAUAUGGGCCUUGAAAGAGACAUAUUCAUAAAAUGGCCUCAAAACUAUUCCACCCACCACCUGAAAGUUGUCAACAACGAGAACAAUAUGAACAUGCUGGGUUACGUGUGGCCCCGGGGCAAAGUUGUAUUCCCCGACUUCUUGAAUCCAAACUCCAGCGCUUACUGGCAGAAGCUGAUUGUAGACCACCACAAGAAUGUUUCUUUUGAUGGACUAUGGAUUGAUAUGAAUGAGCCGGCAAAUUUUGGAACAAACGAAGAACGCCCUUUUAACUGGCCAAAGGAUGUUAAGCCGUACUGGAGCCUGCACUGCCCCGAGAACGAGUGGGACGAUCCUCCGUACAAACCACGAGCCGUUUACGGACCACGGUUGUCAGACAAGACACUGUGUAUGAUCGGGGUUCAGCAGAGUGCCGACAGGGAGUACCGCCAUUAUGACGUCCACAGUUUGUACGGCUGGAGCCAGACAGAACCGACUCUUCUAGGUGCUGAGCAUGCGACGGGUGAGCGUAGUAUCGUGAUCUCUCGGUCCACGUACCCCAGCAGCGGGAAGUAUGCCGGACAUUGGUUAGGUGAUAACGCCAGUCAGUGGUCUAACCUCUACCAGUCCAUUAUUGGUAUGCUGGAAUUUAAUCUCUUUGGUAUACCUUAUAUUGGAGCAGACAUUUGCGGCUACUUUGAUGAUACAACACCGGAACUUUGCCAACGGUGGAUGCAGCUUGGAGCGUUCUACCCAUUUUCGAGGAACCACAACGGAUAUGGAUAUAGGCCUCAAGACCCUGCAGUAUUUGGUCCGGUGGUGGCAGAAUCAUCACGACGGGCACUAGAGAUACGGUACACCCUCCUCCCCUACUUAUAUACUCUCUUCUACAGGGCUCACACGGAAGGAGGGACGGUUAUACGACCUCUUCUUCACGAGUUUCCCAGGGAUCCUAAGACGUGGUCUGUUGACCGUCAGUUUCUGUGGGGACCGGCUCUGUUGAUAUCGCCCGUGUUAGAGCAGGGUAGGGUGGAGGUCGAUGCCUAUUUUCCGGAAGCUCGAUGGUUUGAUUACUACACGGGCACUGAGAUCAAGGGGUCUGGGCAGACGCAUACUUUGGACGCCCCUAUGGACUAUAUUCCUCUUCAUGUCCGAGGCGGCUACAUUAUCCCGACACAGGCACCUGCCAAUAACACGCAUUUCAGUCGGAUGAACCCGUUCGGUCUCCUCGUCGUUCCUGACUCCAGUGGAACGGCGUCCGGGGAGCUGUUUUGGGAUGACGGGAGCAGUAAAGACACAGUGAAGAACGAAACAUUUUUCCAUGCAAAAUUUUCUUCGAAUAGGACCACGCUGUCUAUGGAAAUAAAGAAGGCGAACUUCAACAUCACGGAGACAUUAGAUAACCUUCGUAUUAUGGGCAUCGAGACAGAGCCAGCCAUGUUCAGUCUCACCUCUGUUGGUUCUCCUCUGGAUCUAAUGGAUAAAGCAAUUUAUAAUUCUAAAACAAAAGAAGUCAUCCUAAAGAAUGCUGGCAUUUCUCUGCAAAUGGACUUCGUGUUGAGCUGGCAAUAACGGCUUUAUUGCGGUCUGGUGAUGAAGAUAAGACACCAGGUGUCUUUCGUGGCUGAGAAUGAGUGUACACGGUGAAAUCUUAGAUAAGCCAACAGGUACAUGUACCUUAUUGCACGGCUGAGUCUAAGUGAACACGGUCUUUAAUUAUCCCAGAUAUCAUAAGUCAAAGACCAUGCAAUGUAAAAAGCUUUCGUAUCGGACUUUUGUCAAUUUAAUUUUAAUUUUUAAAAUUAAAUAAUUUACAACUUGGUUAUUUUAGUAACUUAAAAUAUAUAUUCAAGAUAUUAUACUUGCUGGUUGUAAAUUUGUUAUAAUACUUAAUUUUCUUUUUUCACCUUUUAAUAAAGAGGUUUUCGAACGGAUAGAUUCAGUUUGUAAUAUAUGGGGUGGAAAUAAAAAUAUAACCACCAACUUUA